UCAUAGAAAUGGCCAAUCUCUAUUUAAUAAUCUCUGGGUUCAGGGUAGUCAUGCGUUUCAGGUUUAACAAUCGAGCUCAGACAAUCUGAUCGCGCUCAAGCAGACAUGGCGGACAACAAGGAUCCGUUCAGGCAGCUGAAAGAUCUGUCCCUACUUAAAGAUCAGCUUGAAGACAUUCAGCAUCGGAUAGAGAAUGAAGUUCAGACUGGAAGUGUAUUCAGCUCUCCAUUCCUCAAGGGCUUUUUGGCUGGGUAUGUUGUGGCAAAGCUGCGCUCCUCUGCCAUUCUGGGAGUUCUUGUAGGGACCUGCACAGGCAUCUACGCAGCUCAGAACUAUCAAGUGCCAAAUGUUGAGCAGACCAUGAAAAACUACUUCAGCUCAUUUAAGAAGGGGAGAUAGAGGGAGCCAUAUUACAAUCUCAGAGAAAUUGUGCCUGAUCUAACUUGAACACAUUUCCCUUGGAAUCAGAGUGCUAUUUAAACAUUAUUUAAUGGCCUUCUAAUAAUUUCUAAUGUCACUGUCCAUCAGACUACAGGUAUAUAGAAUUGGUAGCUUACAUUCAAAGUUGCAAUGAGGUUGUCAUAUUAGCACCUUUUCGUUUUUCUAUUUGAAACUUAAGUGCACAAACAACAGCUUAUUUUUCUCAGGAAUAGUUACCCAAAGCCCACGUUGGCACAAAUGGCCAAUAUUUUGUCGAUCUUUAUGUGAUCAGUCCUACAUAUUAUGUUUCCAAUGUUUAUGCAUUUACUUUCUGCCUGUUACAUGUUAUAUUUUUUCCCCAAUAAUGUCUUUAACAGAGGUUUGAACUAAAAACCUCUGUGUGGACAAUUAAGCACAAUACACGCUCUGUAAAUAAUGUCUGGCAUUGAAGAAUUCCAUUAUCUGUUGUCGAUUGUAAGAGGUUGCUAGAGUCUGAGUAGCUGAAGCCUCUUAUAGCCUAUUUGUUAGGAGUAUUUGACUAGAUUUUGCACUUUAGCUCGACCACUUUCGAUUGAAAUAAACAAAUGGAAGCCACUCUAAGGAAGUGAAAUAAAAUAACAGAACAAUGAAUCCAAUUAGAGGAUGUAAAACCACCAUGCUGGUUUUUUAUUUUUUUUUUCUUCAAAUGUAGUAUUGUAUUGAGUGGUAUGGUAAAAUAUAAUGUGUAAUCUGUCUCCUCAAAAUGAGAAUAGAUUAGUCUUAUUGUUAUUCUAUAUUUUGUAAUGAUUUAAGAUGUUUCUUUUAUCAUUAUAAGAUGUGAUACUACCAUUUUAUAUUUUAUACUAUUCAUUUAUCUCCAUAUUUUAUAGAAUAAAAACAAUACAAUCCAGAAUAACAUACGACAGGAAUUUAUCAUUAUUUAUUUCCAAAAAUAGACAGAAAUCAAGAAGAAUGCUUACCAGAUCUCACUCAAAAACAAUUAUAAGAUUCAAACAUUUCAAUUUCAUAAGAGAAUUGAGUUAUCUUUAAUAAAAUAAGCUAAAUAUGUUUAUAAAUGUACUUUUAAUAAUUACAUUUAAUUAAUUUUGUUAUAAAAU